ACGUCUUUUCUGCAACAAUGUCUUUUGGUGAUCAUCAUGUAGUCCCUCUAUUUUGGUGCAACAAUAAAGAAUUUGAUACUAACGAUGGUGGGUGCUGCGACAUAUGCCGUCAUUUAAAUUUUGGUACUGACUAUUACUUCUGUAACAAAUGUAAUGUAAGAUUCCACAAAGAAUGCGUUCAAUCUCCACCUAAAAUCAAACACCCUUACCAUCCUGAGCAUUCUCUCCAACUUUCUUUUUGUCCUCCUAAUAACGCUCGCUAUUUCGAGGGUUUCUGUUGCCGGAGAAGAGCUAGUUGGUUGUUUUAUCAUUGUACUACAUGUCAGGCUUUUAUCCAUCCAACAUGUGCUAUGAAGCCAAUAUUAUUUGUUGUAGACCCACCAAAAAAACAUAAUCAUCCACUCACCUUUUUUCCGAGACAAACAAGCUUAACUUGCAACGUUUGUGGUUUGUUGAGAAAAACUAACCCCACCUACGUUUGUGUUAGAUGCAACUUUGUAGCUCAUAAUAUUUGUAUGUAUUUCCCACGAAUCAUGAAGAUGUCACGUCACCACCAUCGUAUCUCCUACAUUCCUUCUGCUCCAUCCAGAGAUUGGUUUUGCGGAGUUUGUCGUCAAAAUGUUAACGGUGGUUACGGUGCAUAUACUUGUGAAAAAUGUAAUGAUUAUGUUGUUCAUUCAAUUUGUGCUACUGGGAAGGAUGUGUGGGAUGGAAAAGAACUUGAAUGUGUCUUAGAAGAAGAUGACAUAACACAAGAUGAUGGGUCUUUCGAGAUGAUAUCAGAAGGAGUUAUACUUUACUUUCUUCAUGACCAUCAUCUCUGACUCGAGGUCAGCAUAUGUUAUGACGAAAAAAAGCUUUGG